AUGGCGGACACUGCACGAGUUGAAGAUGGACUUACGGGCGCGGAGCUGGGCGAUGUCAGCCUGCUGCGACGGAUGCCAAACGUCGAGGUGCUAGCAUUCAGCAUAAACAAGAUCCGCGGCCUCCAAGACUUCGCCGGCUGCCGGCUGCUACGGGAACUCUACGUGCGCAAGAACGAGAUCAAAGACCUGCGGGAGAUCAGGCAUCUCAGGCACCUUCCAGCCCUCACGUCGCUCUGGCUUGAUGAGAACCCCUGCACACACCACCCACAAUAUCGACUAACAGUACUCCGAAACCUCCCGCGGCUAGAAAAGCUCGACAAUGUGGCCGUGCAACAAGAGGAGUUAGAAGAAGCACAACGACGCGGCUCACUCAUAGAUUCAGACGAUGAAGGAUAUCCACAACAACAGGAAGCCUACGCAGAAAGCGUGCGGAGCAGCGGCAGCGCGCGCCGCGCCGCCCGCGCGCGCUCCAACGACUCCAGCCCGGAGCGCGACGAACCCCACUACCGGGACCACAGGCCCGAGCCCGACUACCGGGACCAGCGGCAGGAGGAGUACCGCGAACACCAUAACACCAGACACGAGCAGGACGCGUAUCGGGAUCAUCAGAGACACGAACAGGGCAGCGACCACAGCUCGGAGGGCGCGCCGCUCGACGCGGAGCCCCGGCCGGAGAGACAAGAACAGCAGUGUCCGCUGUCCCCCACGCGGCGCGCGCCCGACGACGAGCGGCUGGAACAUCCCGCCGCCAUGACAAGAUCGCAGUACGAUCCGCGCUGGGCGCGCGAGCGCGACGCGCCGCUGCGCCACUCCGUGUCCGCGCACAGCGUCAAGGAGUACGCAUAUGCGGUGAACGGCGACUGCAGACUCGGCGUGACGUCUCCGCACGAGCAGUACGGCGAGCGAGGCGACAACAGAUCGGACUACACCCCGAGCACGGUCGGCCGCGGCGACUGGGAGCGCGAGCGAGACAGGGAGCCCCCGCGCGAGCGAGACGCACAUAGCGCAGCCUUCCCCUCGGCAGUCAUGGGGGAGCAUCGCGGGUUCACGCGCAGGCCGGUCACCAGGAACUCGAACCUGCUGUCGGCCGUGCUGUGCCUGGUGAAGGAGCUGGACUACCCGUCGCUAGAGGUGGCCGAGAUGGCCGUCCGAUGCCGCAUGGACGAGCUCGCCAACGGCCAGUGACCCGCCGCCGCCGCGGACGCCGUGUAGCGUGGAGCCGCGUACAGUCCGACCAAAAAGAGUAGAAAUUAAAAAGUGGCGACAUUGCAGUGUCAUCCCUUUCAAAUCAAUAUUUGUGUGAGUAAACGGUACACUACGAUGUUGCCACUGUUUAAUUUGUACUCUUUUUGGUUAGACUAUAACUGCGCCUGGCGGUGACGCUAGUGACACUGCGAGCGUACUGAACACUGUCAGCGAAUACUUUCUUUGCCGUACGAAUGAUAAGCAAGCCAGACGAAAACAACUACUCCCAAAAUAAAAGUUUAUUAAGUUCAUUAGACUCCCGAUAUUUCGACAGAGCUUGCAUCAUGAUCACGGGUAAUAUCGGGAGCUCACUUUUUGGUGUAGGUACGGUCAGCCAAGAAAGUGGUUUACCACUUUUCGACUCUAUUUUAAACUCAUAAGGUCGAAAAGUGGUAAACCACUUUUUUGGCUGACUGUACCACGGCAAAGUAAAACAGUAGGCUAUUUGACCACAGUGACAUUGACACUGACAAUUUAGUUCUUAUUUCUGGAUUGAUAAGUAACAUUGUUACUCAGCGUCAAUAUUUCCUGGUUGAUCAGGUUAUGAACGGCGAGGAGUCACUGUUGCGAAACAGCCCACUGGUAGCUGACAGCAGGUACACAGACUAGCCUGUAACCGGCAACAUCAUACCGAGUGUCACCACAAGUGCGGUGUGCGGUGUGAGUGCAGAAACGGACUGCGAAUGUUGUGAGCGUCAAGUAGGUUGUGAUCUACGUAACUACGUUCUCUACGUUAAACGUGAACUAACCACUAAAUUUGUGUAUAGUGAGCUAAAAAUCUGAUGUAAUAUGUGUGUACUAUUGCAAAUUGUAGUUCAACCAAAAUUUCAGUUUCGGCACAAAUACCACAAUUUCUUCCAGAAAUAUGUUUGUGAAAAAUUUAACCCUUAGAUGCACAUGGUAUCAAAAAUGUCUAAAAAAUUAUUGAAAUCCACGUUAAUUUUAAUAUAAUAUGAUAUAAUAUGACAAAGUCUCAUAUUGAAUUAUUGACGUCAGUCUAAAGUUAUCAUUUUGGUAGUAUCUUUUAACCGCCGACGCAACGGGGUGUUAUAAAUUUGACGUGUCUGUCUGUCUGUGGCAUCGUAGCUACCGAACGGAUGAACCGAUUUAGAUUUAGUUUUUUUUUGUUUGAAAGCUGAGUUAGUCGGGAAUGUUCUUAGUUCCAUGUUUCAUGAAAAUAGCACCACUAUGUCGGGGGUUUUUCCAAAAUUUUAAUUUUGUGGUUCGGUUAUUAUUUGAUACAUAUGCAUCUAAGGGUUACCUAUUUCGAAUGAUACCGAUUUUUUUCGAAACUUUAUUUUUCCGUUACUAUAUAAUAUAUAUAUAUAUAUAAAUUGUAACUAGUAACUACAGUUUCAUCUACUUGAGGUAAUAGAUGUAAUAAUGUAAAAAGUUAAUAUUAAAUAUAGGUACAUUGUAAUUUGUAAUGAAGUUCAAAUUUCGUUUUUUCCAUGCAAUAGAGAAUGCAGGUGCACUUUUUGAAAUUGUUUUGUAACUUGUACUAAGUAUUUAAUUUAUAUUCCUUUUCUCAGUAACAAUAAUACUAACAAUAUGAAAUACAUAUAAGUAUCUUUUUAUUAAUUUUGACAUGUCCAUGAAAUUAUAUCUACUAUAAAAGGCAAAUAUUGAAAAAAGUACAGUCAACGUCAAAUAUUAUGACUGACUGCACACUAAAUAUACUCUCGAGUUGGUUUCUUCUACACACUUCAAGAGUGAACAGGCAUCUUCUGGGCGAGCUCACUCCAUCGUAGGCCACGUCUUUGCCUUUAGCUAGUCUGUGGUCAAGAGUAAGCCCAUUUAUAAUAAAAAAAAAAAAACUUCCGACAGCAAACAUAUCUAUCCAAAGCGGGUCUCUAUUGGUUUUGUUCCCAUAAAGUUUUAAUGUGUCGUUUGUCCACAUUUUCGUUAGUCACAAUUAGGUUAUUCUCGGCAACGCGUAACUUUUCAGGAUUGCCGUAAAACAAACCUAACCUAACCUAUCUAUAGAUGAUCUAAACGAAAACCCUGAAAAGUGAACCGUUACAGAAUUAUGACUAAUGAUAAUCUGGCAGUCAUUCCAUAAUAUGACUUUCAAUCAUUAUGUCAAACAAAAGGAUCCGAUCUAAACAGUGUUCAGAUAUUUUUGGUUGAGUAAAUAAAUAAAUAAAAAAAAAUAAAAAAAAUUGAAAAUUGCCUACUUGAGUUGUACAUAUUUAUUUGACUUUGACUGUCCCAAUUAAAAAAAAGUCAAAACGUGUCUUUACAUUGUCAUCAAAUCACAGAAAUGAUUGAAAUUAUUCUAAUCUGUGAUGAGAACACUAUGAAAUGUGUUGUUAACUUCAUUUUGUACGCGUGUUGUUACGCCUUGUUUAGCAUGGUGAUGAGUUUGUUAUGUAUUAUAGUUUACAUAGGUUUAUUUUAAUGUUUUUUACUUUAUAUUCAUCGACACAGAUGUAACACAGUGGGUUUAUCAAAUUGACAUUUCUUUACAGUUUGUAUCAAAUCUGAUACAUUAAUAUAUCUAUGAGCUUGUUUUUACAAACCUAAUACUGAAAUUAUAUUUUGAUUGCGUUACUUUUUUACCAUUCUGUAAAUUAAAUAAUACAAAAAUAGAAAAAUUAAUAUAAUUAUUCAAUUUUAUUAUCAAAGUGUAGUUUUAGUAUUGGAGAUGUAGAAACACAGUUAUAAUAUCUUUAGGCUGCCUGUCCACUGAGAAGCAGCGGAAAGGAGAAUAAAUUUGCUUCAGUGGUCAGACUGCAUUAUUAAUCUGUAAGUCUAAAGCAACAAGUUGUUGCAAAUGAGUAACAAAUUAAACAUACAAAUUAAAAGUAAAAACACUUGUAAUAAAUACCUACAGUCAGCAAUAGAAUUGUUCCUAGAAGUUGAUCUGAACUUUGCCUCCUGAGUCCCGGGAGCAAUUAUUUGUUUUUUUUUUUUUUAAUUUAAAACCCUCACUUUUGUAACACACUAAAAGUUCAAAAUAGAUUUUGGAUUAUGUACAAAAAAAAAUCUCGAGGACGAGGUUAUGAGAAAUGUGUGCAGAUCAUUUUAGAGAGUACACUCAGAUUCAGUUGCUGACUGUACGUUGACUUGAACAGACUGGCUGUGUCCGGUUGAAAUAAAUCUACUUUUGUAGGCUGGCGCCCGUGUCAAUAAACAAAUACCCACA